AUGGCGGAACAAUACUCCAUCGCCAAACAGAAUCUUAAAGAGUGUAGGCUGGAGCAGAAGGGCCUGCGUAUCACUCCCCCGCAAGUGUUGCUGCGGAUGAACGACCGCGGGGCAAAGAUCGCCGGAGGGGAUCUUGAAUGGGACAAGUUGGACGAGGCCGUUCCGGGGCCCAUCCAGCCAGCCCACUGCUUUGUUGCCUGGAUCCCCACGCCGCUGAGCUCACUCCCGCUCCUCGGUCAAGAGAAGACAGUGGGCCAGAACAACACCAUUGCCGCAGGUGUCUACAGGGCUCUUUUCAUCGGGUACUGUAUUUACUUCCACCACCAGAGACAGAGUGGCCAGCUUAAGAAUAGGCUUCGAGAACCAAGAGAGAAACAAAAGCUUGCCAAGGAGAGAGCUGGACUUUUCAAGUUACUGGACCUUAAAGAUGCCGAAGCUAUUCAGAAAUUCUUCCUUGAAGAAAAGUUGCUAGCUCGAGGUGAAUAUGAGAAGGGCGUAGAUCAUCUGACAAAUGCAACUGCUGUGUGUGGACAGCCACAGCAUGUACGGCAAGUGUGACAGCAAACUCUUCCACCACCAGUGUUCCAGAUGGUUCUGACCAAGCUUCCAACAAUUAGUCAGGAAAUUGUAAGUGCUCAGAGCUUGGCUGAAGAUGAUGUGGAAUGAGAAACAAAUGUCAACAUAAUAAUCUCAAUGAAAAAUAUUUUUAAAAAUCUUAACUCGGAAGAUGAACAGCUCUGGCGGAAUAAGGACAAAUAGGCUUGUUAUGGACU